CACCAACCAAACCAACCUAGACUCGUCUAAAGCUAACUUCGUUGUUCACGACUUGUCGUUCGUACUGGUCUUCUCGCCCACCACAUCGGGAAAAUGGGUGUGGCGGCGAAAAUAGCACCGUCGAUGCUGUCGUCGGACUUUGCUAAUUUGGCGUCGGAGGCCCAUCGAAUGCUCAAAGACGGCGCCGAUUGGCUCCACAUGGACAUCAUGGAUGGGCAUUUUGUUCCGAAUCUAACACUCGGUGCUCCGGUUAUUCAGAGUUUGAGAAAGCAUACAGAGGCAUAUCUGGAUUGUCACCUUAUGGUCACAAAUCCUCUUGAUUAUGUUGAGCCGUUGGCAAAAGCCGGUGCUUCGGGUUUCACAUUUCAUGUUGAGGUAUCCAAAGAUAAUUGGCAAGAGCUUGUUCAAAGGAUCAAGUCCAAGGGCAUGACACCAGGUGUGGCACUCAAGCCUGGAACUCCGAUUGAAGAAGUUUUUCCUCUGGUGGAAGGUGAAAUUCAUGUGGACAUGGUCCUCGUUAUGACUGUGGAACCUGGAUUUGGUGGACAGAAGUUCAUGCCAGAAACAAUGGAUAAGGUUCGCACACUGAGAAAGAAGUAUCCUUCACUAGAUAUAGAGGUAGAUGGUGGCUUAGGGCCUUCAACCAUUGACAUUGCAGCUUCAGCCGGAGCAAACUGCAUAGUUGCUGGAAGUUCAGUGUUUGGUUCCCCCGAACCUGCCAAAGUAAUAUCCGUCUUGAGAACUAGUGUUGAGGAAUCUCAGAAAAAAUAGUUGAUGCUGGUACAGGCAAGAUAUAUCACAAGUGGGUUCUCCUUAAGUUUAUAUGUACAUCUAUGAUCUAAUUGAUGUGGUGAUUUUUGAAGCUUAAAUGAGCAUUACGAUUUGUCAAAGUCAUGCUGUUGUGUGUACUAUCAUUUCAUCUGUAUACUAUCUCAAGUGUAAUAAUCCAGCCAACACAAUAUGAUUGCUCGAGGGUCUUUUAAUAAAAUCUCACUAUGAUGCUUAUUACAUCUUUCA